CUCGGAACAGAGAAAUGUUGACAAUUAUUUGCUCAAGCUAUUUACAUAUUGGAGCUCGUCAAUGCGUUGAAACGUACAUCAUAAUAAACAAUAAAUGUUAAACAACCUGGCGUGUAUUUCUUGAGUAAAACAUUUCAACGCAAGAGAAAGUAUGGAUUCACAAGACAAGCCUGAAGAUGGAGAUAAAUUGAAUAAGAUAAAAUUACGGAAGAAGAAACGAAGCACAGCAAAAGGUCAGUUUCACAGAGUGUUCAAUAGAUUCAAAGAACAAACUAAAACAGAAAAUGGUGAGGUUCUCCAGGAAAUACUUAAAGACAUGGAACAUGCAUAUGAAAAAUUAGAAGGGGAACAUUCUGCUUAUUUAAAUAUCCUUGACUCUGAUGAUGAAACAGAGGGAGACAUAAUUAACACUGCUAACUCCGAUAUGGACAAGAACUACAGUCAAUUAUGCGACGCAAGAGCCGAUUUAGUCAUGAUAAAUAGGAAAAACAAAGAAGAUAAAUCAAAGGUAAACACAACAAAGGAACAUCCAAAUACUGUUAAAGUCAAACGUUUAGAGGCACCAACAUUUAGUGGAAAUGUAAGAGAGUAUCCCAGCUUUAGAAAUGAUUACUCAAAAUUAAUGACUCCGGAUCCCUUUGCAUUAAAACAGUGUUUGUCCGGAGAAGCUUUGAAAACGGUUCAAGGAGUUGAUGAUAACUUCACUGCAAUGUUCAAAAGGUUAGACAUGAAAUAUGGAAGAGAAGAGCGCAUUGCUGAAUCAGUUUUAUAUGAACUUAAAUCGCUCAAAAAGGUAUCUGAUGGUGACAAUAAAGGGUUCAUACAGACAAUAGAUAUAAUUGAGCUAUGCUGGUUAGAUUUGUGUAAAAUGAAGAUGGAAAGGGAAAUGGACACUGCAACUAUGAUGAGUCAAAUAGAGGUACUUUUACCGACAAUUCAGAAAAGGGAAUGGGCUAUUCGAAAACAAAGGGACCGAUCGCUCAAAUUUAAAGACUUUAUGAAUUUCCUACUCGAAGAAAAAAAUGCAAUGGAGUACAUUGAAUCAGAUUUACGGGAAGGUGCCACAAGCAUUAAAAGUGCUGCUCAUGUUGUGCAGGUAGGAGAAGAUCAGUCAUCAAUUCAGGUACUUCUAAAGGAAAAUCAGGUUAUCAUGAAGCAGAUGGUUAAUGGUUUAGCUCAAGUUACUGAAGCUGUUCAACGUCGUAGACCAAAUCAGGACACAGAUGGAAAAUUCGAUCGGCAAAAUCAGAAUAAGGCCUUGAAUCAGAAAAAAUGUUGGUAUCACGAAACUGAUAGACAUGAUAUUGGACAGUGCUAUGCGUUUUUUAAUUUGGAUGAACAAAGCAAAGUUCAACUGUUACGGAAAAAUGGGUGUUGCUUUAGUUGUCUCAAGACUGGACAUUUAUCUCGUGAUUGCAGCAGACGAAAUCCUUGUGACAUAAUCAAUGAAGAUCAUACAAAAUGCGGAAAAUAUCACCAUCCUGCUCUUCAUGGCAUUCCAGUAUCUGCUUUGGCAUUUCACAAUUCAAUGGACAUUGUUAAUGAUGAUCGUGGUCGGGAAGACGUUAUUUUAAUGGUGAGCAACGUUACAUGCAACGGAAUUCAGGUGGCCACCUUAUGGGAUCCAGGUUCGAACAUUUCUUUGAUUACUCGUGAAUUGGCAGGAAAAUUGAAUCUAAAGGGACGUAACGUAACACUGUCAGUAACAAAGGUUGGAAACAGCACUGAUAGUAUUCAAAGUAAGGAGUUCAUUCUACCAUUAAGUGACGCUCAUGGCGAAACCUGGCAAAUCAAGGUAUAUGGUAUGGACGAGAUAACGGCAGAUGUAUCUAAAGUAAAUGUUCAAAAUGUUGUCAAUUUGUUCAGAGGCAUCAAGACAAGCGAUAUUGUUAGACCGACAGGUAAAAUUGAACUUUUGAUUGGCACUGAUUGUUGCGCCUUAUUACCUACCAAGAUUGAUCAGAUUGGGAACUUGCAACUGAUGAAGAAUCAAUUCGGAUACUGCUUACGAGGAAGUCAUACUAUGUUACAAUCCUAUGAAAACGUCAAUAACAAUGCUGUUAGAAUCAAUCAUGCAUCAGGAAUAAUACAUAAUAUUAAUGACAUGCAAAUUGAAAAUUUACCCCUUAAAGAAAGCAUUGAUAAAUUCUAUGAAAUAGAAAGUCUUGGAAUUAGCUGCACACCUAAAUGUGGGAACUGUAAAUGCGGAAAAUGCCCAAUCGGGAACAACAACUAUACUAUUCAGGACGAGAGGGAGUUAAUAAUGAUACGAAACGGGCUCAAUUAUGAUUCUGAAAGUCAAAAGUGGGAAGCAUCGUAUCCAUGGAAAAGGAGUCCAAGUGAAUUGCCUAAUAAUGUUAACUCAGCUAAGGCUAAACUCUUAUCAACGGAGAAACGCUUGCAUAAGAUGGGAAAAGAAUAUAGUGAGUCGUAUCAAAAUCAAAUUGAAGACAUGGUUAAACGGAAUGUAGCCAGGAAAUUGACAGAAAAGGAAAUUCAACAAUAUGAAGGCCCAGUACAUUACAUUCAUCAUCAUGAAGUAUUAAAACCAGAAUCGAAAUCUACACCAAUCAGAAUAGUCUUCAAUUCGUCAGCUUCGUACAUGGGACACGUACUCAACGAAUACUGGGCAAAGGGACCUAAUGUAAUAAAUGAUCUAUUAGGAGUACUUUUGAGAUUUCGUCAGGAGAGAGUAGCCACAGCAGGAGAUAUAUCGAAAAUGUACAAUUCUGUAAACCUGUCUCUACUAGACCAACAUACUCACAGGUUUGUGUGGAGAGAUAUGGAUUCAAGUAAGCUACCAGACCAUUACGUAUUACAAACUGUUACAUUUGGAGAUAAACCAAGCGGUGCUAUCGCAACCAUUGCACUUCAAAUGACUGCUGACAUGUGUUCACAUACAUAUCCAGAUACAGCUCAAAUGAUCAACAAAAAUAGCUACGUUGACGACAUUUUGGUGUCAAAAGAAACAAUGAAGGAGGCAAAAAACCUGAUUCAAAACUGUGACAACAUUCUCCACAAAGGAGGAUUUGCUAUAAAACAUUGGAUUGUAUCAGGAGAUUCUAAUGAUGAAAUGGAAGGACUAAACGUUGUCAGAACAGAUGAAGAGAAAAUACUUGGUAUGAUAUGGCAACCAAUGUCGGAUACAUUUACAUUAAAAAUCAAGCUAAACUUCUCGCCGAAGCGAAAGGGAGUUCGAACAGGUUUUAACUUAAAUGCACAACAGAUCGACGAUAUCCCACAGAACUUGACUCGUCGAACGGUUCUAAGUCAGGUGUCAAGUAUCUACGAUCCUCUUGGUUUGGUAACUCCGUAUAUUUUAUCUGCCAAACUUCUAAUGCGAAGCAUGUGUACAAAGUCAGACAUAGGUUGGGAUACACCACUAGAUGAACAAUUAACCACAACAUGGAUUGAGUUUUUCAGAGGUUUGUUUGAACUUGAGAACAUUAAAGUACCGAGACGCUUAAAACCAGAGUUCACUAUUGGCAGCCCGACAUUGGUAAUAUUUUCGGAUGCAAGUCAAGUGGCAUACGGAGCAUGUGCGUAUGUUCGAUGGCAAACUGGCAAUAAUUAUGAGACUAGACUUCUUUUUUCCAAGAAUAGGAUUGCGCCUACAAAACAGUUAUCUAUUCCAAGACUCGAACUUUGUGCAGCCAUUCUUGCGGCUCGAAUGAGACAAAAAAUCAUUCAAGAAAUGGACUGGGAAUUUGUUAAGGUAAUUCAUAUAACUGACUCAAUGAUUGUUCGAGCACAGAUCCAAAAAGAAAGCUACGGAUUUGGAACAUUUGUUGCAACGAGAGUUGCGGAAAUACAAAGUAUUACCGAUCCUACUGAUUGGUAUUGGAUUCAAGGGAACCUUAACCCAGCCGACUUAGUAACUAGACCAACACAGCCUGAUAUCUUGGAUGAAAAUUCUGUAUGGCAAAGAGGUCCAGAAUUCAUGAGAGAGUCUAUCGAUUGUUGGCCAACAAGACAAGAUAGUACUAUAGAAUCGAAACAACUUCCAGACGUAGUCAGUGUGACACUAUGUAUUGAUAAGAGACAUGUAAAGAUAGCACCUACUCUUAUCGAUAUUGAUAUAUCCCGAUUCUCAAGAUUGGAAAAGUUACUCCGUGUGACUGCACUCGUGUUAAGUAUAAUUAAAAAGAACACAUUUAGAGGGACAUUUCACACGUUAAACACCAAAUCAAUUAAGCAAGCAGAACAUAUGUGGGUCAAAGAGGCACAAGGAGAAAUCACUGAGACUUUCAUGACACUAUUUCAGAGACUAGGCCCUUAUAAAAGACAGGAUGGAAUCAUUGUUGUCGGACAGAGGAUGGCUGAUUGGAUUAAGGAAUCAUGGAACCAAACGGAAUUUGUUCUUAUACCAUCAAAACACCCUUUAGCAAAUCUUAUCGUACAAUCUGUUCAUAAUGAGGAUCACGGUGGAAUUGAUUCAACUUUAGCGAAGAUUAGAAGCAGGUUUUGGAUACCUGGUGUUAGGCGCACCAUAAAACAGAUCAAGGAAAAAUGUGUGACAUGUAGAAAAAGAAACAAAACUACUUUGACACAGCAGAUGGGGAAGCUUCCGUCAUAUAGAUUGAAUCCAUCGCCACCUUUUUACUACUGUGCAGUAGAUUUAUUCGGACCGUAUACCAUCCGUGAUACAGUCAAAAGAAGGACAUUUGGGAAAGCGUAUGGAGUGAUUUUUAACUGUCUGACUAGCAGAGGCGUAUAUGUUGACCUUGUUGAAGGAUAUGAUAAGAACAGUUUUUUGAUUGCGCUAAGAAGGUUUGUCUCGAUUCGUGGAUAUCCAAGAAUGAUGAUUUCUGAUGCCGGAACGCAGUUAGUUGCUGCAGGAAAAGAACUUAAGCAAGUUGUGCAUACAUGGGAUUGGGACGAUAUUAAAACAUUUGGAACUAGUAAAGGAAUGCAAUGGAAUAUAAUAAAAUCAGCUGAUGCACCAUGGGAAAAUGGUUGUAGCGAAGCUCUUAUCAAAUCUGUUAAGAAAUGUCUUGAUGUUGCCAUAGGGGAUUCAGUGAUGACAUUUUCAGAAUUGCAAACUGUAUUAUUUGAGACUGCUAAUGUGUUAAAUGAAAGACCGAUAGGUACAAAGAACUGUGAUCCGAAUGAAGGGACAUACCUAUGUCCGAAUGAUUUAUUGCUCGGGAGAGCUAGUAUUCGAGUUCCGAACGGACAUUACAAUCAGGAUUGUAAUCCAAGAAACCGUCAUGCAUUUAUCCAGAACGUAGUGAAUUCAUUUUGGCGAAAGUGGAUUCGUGAUUAUUUUCAUACGUUGAUUAUAAGACAGAAAUGGCAUACAUCAUAUAGAAAUCUCAAGAAAGGUGACUUGGUUUUAGUACAAGACAGCAAUGCUUUGCGUGGAAAAUGGAAACUGGGGCAGGUUGACGAGGCGAUUCCGAGUCUUGAUGGAAAUGUUCGUGAUGUUACCGUGCGUUACAAAAACAUAGGAGGUAGUGGAACCGAUUAUCAAAAUGUCACAGAUACAAAAAUUCGUCGUUCAGUGCACAGACUAGUCUUACUACUUCCUGUUGAAGAACAAACAAAUGUUACUGUUUAAUCUGAAGUGUUCGUGGGGGGAGUGUAUCGCAAGGCGAUAUAGUAAUUUACGUUCCUUUCCCCGAUACUAAAUUUACCUCGGAACAGAGAAAUGUUGACAAUUAUUUGCUCAAGCUAUUUACAUAUUGGAGCUCGUCAAUGCGUAAGUUUGUUUGAAUUAAAGUGACAAUAUACAUCGGACAAUGCAUGGCAUACUAUAGACAUAUUAUUCUGUUAUGUGUAUAUCUUACAAUGUAGUAAAUGUGGUUUGUUCUUUAUUUCAGGUUGAAACGUACAUCAUAAUAAACAAUAAAUG